AUCUCUGUUGUUCUUGCAUCUCUAUUGAAAAUAAUAACAUUUAUUUCGGUUGCACAUUUCAAGAUGAAUUUGGGCAAAUUAAACGCUGUCAGCAGACUUCCUGCCCUUCGCUUAAGCCAGCAAUACUCGAGCGCUGCUAAAGCGGAACUUCCGGCGUCCUUGGUGGAUGAAGAGGAACCGGCUUAUCCGCAGGCGGUGGACAGAUCCGGCCUGCAGCCGCAACACAAAAAUGUGCUCUUUAACAAUGUGCCUUACCAGGAGGCACAUUCCUGGAUUCAUCUGACCGAGAAAUACCAGAGACAGGCAUUCGGACGUUAUGGCGCCAAAAGUAAUGUAAACCCUAAGAUUUGUUUCGAUUCCCGCGGAGAGAAAGACAACAGGCAGGUUAUGCAACUAGAAACGCUCCUGAAAAUGCUGGAGAAGAACCGCGCGCAGAAGGCCGAGGAGCUGGAGAAGAUCAACGCCCGCGAGGAGGACAUUGCGAAGAAGUUGGAGAAGCUGAAGCAGUGGAAGGCGGACCUGCACGCGAAGGUGGCCAAGCGAGAGGCGGAUGCGGCGGCGGCCAUCGCUCGCAAGGAACGCCUGGUGGAGGAGGUGCGUCGACACUUUGGCUUCAAGGUGGACACCCGCGACGAGCGGUUCAAGGAGAUGCUGGAGCAGAAGGAGAAGGAGGACAAGAAGAAGCAAAAGGAGGCCAAGCGAAAGGCAAAGGAGGAGAAGAUGAUGGCCAAACUGGUGGAGAAGACAUCUGCGUAAUGUUACUUUAGUCGCUAAAACCAUCUAUAUAAGCAAGGAACUGUUGUCUGUUGCCUACUAAAAUAAAUGUCCACCAAGAGGUACUUUUACCAAAAAAUUCGAAGAGAUAUAGCAAAUUAACAAUAGAAGAAAUAUAAUCCCCGAAGGAUUGAACGUAUUAUACGCGGUGAAAACCCAUGUAGAUAAUCAAUGAUAUGUUUACUUGACAAUGUCAAGUCGACUUUUAAGUGUGUUAGCGGAUACACAAACCACAAUCCUGUUAUCGGUAGCGUUUAGACUAUUCGAUAAAUAUGAUAUCGUUAAUUUUUUUUGAAUUUAGUAACAUUUUGAACGGGAAACAUCGUUUUGAAAGAAACUAAAACUUUAAUUAUUAUGAAAAUUUUCCAGUUAAGAAAUACUUUGUAUUUGGUCCAGUCCUUAUAAUAAAUUACCACAGUUCCCUUAUAUAUAAA